GCCCGGCCCAUGGAGCGGGGGAAGAUGGCGGAGGCGGAGAGCCUGGAGACGGCGGCGGAGCACGAGCGGAUCCUGCGGGAGAUCGAGAGCACGGAUACGGCCUGCAUCGGGCCCACGCUCAGAUCCGUCUAUGAUGGAGAGGAGCACGGUCGCUUCAUGGAAAAGCUGGAAUCCCGGAUCCGCAAUCAUGACCGGGAGAUUGAGAAAAUGUGUAAUUUCCACUACCAGGGCUUUGUGGACUCCAUCACUGAGCUCCUGAAAGUGAGAGGAGAAGCCCACAGAUUGAAGAAUCAAGUGACUGAUACUAAUAGAAAACUACAGCAUGAGGGGAAGGAACUGGUAAUAGCAAUGGAAGAGCUGAAGCAGUGUCGACUGCAACAGAGAAAUAUUUCUGCCACGGUUGAUAAAUUAAUGCUGUGUCUACCAGUCCUGGAGAUGUACAGCAAACUGAGGGAACAGAUGAAAACGAAAAGACAUUACCCAGCAUUGAAAACUCUAGAGCACCUGGAACACACCUACCUGCCCCAAGUGAGCCACUAUCGUUUCUGCAAAGUCAUGGUGGACAACAUCCCCAAGCUUCGGGAAGAAAUCAAGGAUGUUUCCAUGUCCGAUCUCAAAGACUUCUUGGAAAGUAUCCGAAAGCACUCAGACAAAAUUGGGGAGACUGCCAUGAAGCAGGGGGCCAAGAACAGCCAAUCCCAGAGUCAUUAUUGGAUAAAGUUGGGAUCUGGACAGCCGAAGUUCCCUGCCUGCCUUUCAAACAGACACAUGGAAGCUCAGCAGCAAAGGAACCUGGAUAACAUCAUCUCACAACAGCCCAGAAUAGGCAGCAGGAAAAAAUCCAAGAAAGAUGCAUUUACCAGCUUGGAUACAGAGAUAGAAAGCACUAGUCCCAAGUCUGAACAAGAUUCCGGGAUUCUGGAUGUUGAAGAUGAAGAAGAGGAUGAAGAGGUGCCCGGGGCUCAAGAAUUGGUGGACUUCUCUCCUGUUUAUCGAUGUUUGCAUAUAUAUUCUGUACUGGGUGCUCGGGAAACCUUUGAAAACUACUACAGGAAACAGAGGCGAAAACAGGCCAGGCUGGUGCUUCAACCGCCAUCCAACAUGCACGAAACUUUAGAUGGCUACAGGAAAUAUUUUAAUCAAAUCGUAGGUUUUUUUGUGGUUGAAGAUCACAUUUUACAUACGACUCAGGGCUUAGUGAACAGAGCCUACAUUGAUGAACUAUGGGAAAUGGCCUUGUCAAAAACCAUCGCUGCACUUCGGACACACUCGUCUUACUGCUCUGACCCAGACCUGGUAUUAGAUUUGAAGAACCUCAUUGUCCUCUUUGCUGACACACUUCAGGUGUACGGUUUCCCAGUAAACCAGCUUUUUGACAUGCUGCUUGAGAUCAGAGACCAGUACAGUGACACUCUGUUGAAGAAAUGGGCAAGCGUUUUCAGAAACAUACUUGAUUCAGACAACUACAGCCCCAUCCCAGUUUCCAGUGAGGAACUCUAUAAGAAGGUGGUUGGACAGUUCCCAUUCCAAGAUACAGAGCUGGAAAAGCAGCCGUUUCCAAAGAAGUUUCCUUUCUCUGAAUUUGUGCCUAAGGUUUACAAUCAAAUUAAAGAAUUUAUCUACGCCUGUCUUAAGUUCUCAGAAGAUCUCCAUCUGAGCUCCACAGAGGUGGACGACAUGAUCCGGAAGUCUACAAACCUGCUGUUGACUCGAACACUGAGCAGCUCUCUGCAGAAUGUCAUUAAGAGGAAGAACGUCGGGCUGACGGAGCUCGUGCAGAUUAUCAUCAACACGACCCACUUGGAGAAAUCCUGCAAGUACCUGGAAGAAUUCAUCACCAACAUCACCAACGUGCUCCCUGAGACAGUCCACACCACCAAGCUGUACGGGACCACCACAUUCAAGGAUGCCCGACAUGCUGCAGAAGAAGAGAUUUAUACCAACCUGAACCAGAAGAUUGACCAGUUCUUGCAGCUGGCUGACUAUGAUUGGAUGGCUGGGGAUUCAGGCAGCAAAGCCAGCGAUUAUCUGACGGAUCUCAUUGCUUUUCUUCGGAGCACCUUUGCAGUCUUCACACACCUUCCUGGGAAGGUGGCUCAGACUGCGUGUAUGUCUGCCUGCAAGCAUCUGGCCACUUCACUGAUGCAGCUGCUGCUGGAAGCAGACGUGAGGCAGCUCAGCCUGGGUGCCCUGCAGCAGUUCAACCUGGAUGUGCAGGAGUGUGAACAGUUUGCCAGAUCCGGCCCGGUGCCUGGGUUCCAGGAGGACACGCUGCAGUUGGCCUUCAUCGACUUAGACAACUCUUGGAUCUCUUCACCCAGUGGGACUGGUCAACAUACCUCGCUGACUAUGGCCAACCUACUUGCAAAUAUCUGCGUGUCAACCCAGUGACAGCCCUGGCCCUGCUCGAAAAGAUGAAGGACACCAGCCGUAAGAACAAUGUGUUUGCACAGUUUCGGAAGAAUGAGCGAGACAAGCAGAAACUGAUUGACACCGUGGCCAG